UGGAUUCCAACAAAAACAGUUUAGAGCAGCAGGAGAAUAAUCUGCAGCUUUCUUCUGGAAUAAUGCUGCAACCGCCAUCUUCUUCUUCACCGUCGUCGUCGUCUGCCGCAGCUCCGGCGUGGGGUUUCAUAAACAAAGACGGUAACGGAGCUUAUGACUUUGGUGAAUUAGAUCAUGCCCUUCUCCUCUACCUUGAUAAUAAUGCUCAACAACCCUCACUUUUCCAACACCAUAAGCAGAAUUCAGAGUUGAAACCACAUACUCUGGACAUUUUUCCUUCCAAACCCAUGAAUAUCGGUUCUUCAUCGGCAAAGCCAAAUUCUGGAUCAUCGUCUGAGCCGUCAAAACCAAAAAGCGACGGCGGCGUUAACGUUGUUGCUUCUGAAUCUACUUCUGAACCACUCAAACUUCCUAAGUGUGAAGAAAGCCAUGCGGGUUCGACUUCAGGAGCUCAGCAAGAUUGUGCAAAAACUCUUGAUCCUAAGGCAUUAAGGAGACUUGCUCAAAAUAGGGAGGCAGCAAGGAAAAGCAGACUUAGAAAAAAGGCAUAUGUUCAGCAGCUGGAAUCAUGUAGGAUGAAGCUCACUCAACUAGAGCAAGAAAUACAACGAGCUUGGGCUCAAGGAAUUUAUUUUGGUGGAAAUUCCAAUUUAGGAGGAGAACAAGGCCAUCCACUUUCUGUGGGCAACAUAAGCUCAGAUGCUGCAAUUUUUGACCUGGAGUACACUCGGUGGCUGGAAGAGCACCACCGGCUGUUGACGGAGCUGCGGAGUGCAGUGGAGGAGCAGUUGCCGGAGAACGAUAUGAGGAUGUACGUGGACAGUAUUGUGGCACAUUUUGACGAGAUAAUCAACCUCAAGAGCAUGUUAGCCAAAUCCGACGUCUUCCAUAUCUUUUCCGGCAUGUGGAAGACUCCGGCGGAGCGCUGCUUCAUGUGGGUGGGCGGUUUCCGGCCAUCCGACCUUCUCAAGAUAAGUGUGAAUCAGAUGGAAGGUGUGACGGAGCAGCAGCUAGUAGGGUUAUAUGGACUGCAACAAUCUACACAAGAAGCAGAAGAAGCUAUAUCAAGAAGCUUGGAAGCUCUGAAUCAGUCUCUCUCAGAUUCAUUGUCCUCUGAUACGCUUAGCUUUUCUUCCCACAUGCAUAUGGGCGACUACAUGGCUCAAAUGGCUGCCGCCAUGGCCAAACUCUCCACCCUCGAGGCUUUCCUUCAACAGGCUGAUAAUUUGAGGCAGCAAACAGUGCAUAGAGUCCAUGAGAUUCUGUCGCCCCGUCAAGCUGCAAGGUGUUUUCUGGGCAUUGCUGACUACUUCCAUCGUCUCCGAGCUCUCAGCUCUCUCUGGCUAACUCGCCCUAGGCAGGAUUAAUGAAUCAUAUAUAUCAUAUUAGAUAGAUACCUUACCUUAGCUUGUACAUAUAGAAAGAAGCUAGCUAAUUAAUUAAGAUUAAUUAGUCAAAUUUCAGGCUGAUUAUCAAAUAUUAUCUAGGAGUACUUAUCAU